AUGCAGCUCAACCUGUCGCCUGCCGCUGAGGCUAACACUGCAGCGCAAACCUUUACCCAGAAUAUGGGUGCCUUUGCUGGCAAACACAUCGAUUACCACGAUGCGUUGAACGGGUGGACGCACCUCCUGUGCCACAGUGACCUUCAUGGUGGUAAAGACCCUGGGGUCUUUAUCAUCAUGACAUUCGGAGUGUGUGUUCGCUUAGGCGGGCUAGCAUCUCUUCUGUUCUCUGGACGGCAUGUGCAUGGAGGUUUCGCACCCACCGCUAAGGCAGGAGAGAAGCCGCAUCCCCAUUCUUACCGGAUGGUGAUCGUCUCUUACCCUCCUAGCUCCCUGUUCAACAUAACUGGUAAGGUGACCCUAGGGUAUACACCUGAGGGUCCCUUGAACAUCUGUAAGGAAUUCGUUGAUCCAAAGUAUGAUGAGUUGGUCAUCAAGGGCAAUCCUACAUCCAUGACUGCUGAUGCCUUGGCUAUCAUGGAUGAGGAGGCGGUCAUGGACUACCACGGGCGUAGCUUGGCUAACCUUGCUGCUGGCCUGACUCGUCAGCUCCCACCCUCACUUGGUGCUCACUUUGAUGUCAACCAGUUCCUUCGUGCGUUCACGUACAAGGAUCCGGUUACUGGAGAGGAGCGCCACUUGAACCCGUGGGAGCUGGGCCCAGGGUCGACAGAGAUGUCCAGCCUUGGGUGUACCCGUGCUGGGGUCACUGCUGCCUGGGCAGAUGCACAGGCUCGCCUCAAACCUUUCUUCCCUGAGCUCGAGUCCACUAAGGGCUUGAUCAUGGCGGAGGAGGAGGGCGAUGAGUCAGUCCCUGCUACCAAUGGGGAUAAACCAGGCGGGAAGCAUCCUCGUGAAGAGGAGUGGGUUAUGCAAUCCAAGUAUUAUGCAGACUUGCAGGCUGCUGGUCAGAAGGGCCAUAUCCAGUCUGUCCGCAGGCUUCACCUUGGUGCUACAGGCAUCAGGGUCUCCUCUCGCAAGAAGGGGCACGGGAAGCAGCGUGCAGGCAAGGAGCCUGAGCAGGGAGACGAGGUGUCUACUUCUCAGAUGGUGUUGCAACCUCGUGUUGGAAAGGGCUCUGAUGGUGAGAACCUUGGUGAGCCUGGUUCUGAAGAUGAAGACACCUCAGAUGGAGACUUCCGUCCUCCUUCUGAGCGUGUCUUUGCAGUGAAGCGUGCUGUCAUCCAGAUUUCUGAGGAUGCACUCCCUGAGAUCUGGAAGGACAGUAGUGCUUAUGCUAGGGGUGACCAUCCAGGGUGUGAUGGCAUAUCUCCCACCGAGGACGGGCACGCAGUAAAUGCUGAGCCUUCAGCCAAGCCCUAUGAGAAGGUGCUUGCAACCUUCUCAAGGCAGCAUCUUCAGAAGCUGCUCUCUAAGCUCCAAGCUGAGGUCAAAAAGCUUGAGGCUGAUCGCGCGCUUAUCCAGUGCUACACGGGCACACCGCACAAGCAGAUCUAUAUGAUCUUAGAGGGCCUGUAUAAGUCCUCAAUAUUCUCCCCUGCCUUUGUCUCUGCCUUCCCUAGUUUCUGGGAUGCGAUCACUGUGCAGGAGCACAAGUCCAACAACCAUCAUCUCAACCUUCUCCUUAUGCGCUCUCAGAUCAUGGCCACCCUUGGAUCUGCCUGGACUUGGCUGGAUGUGCAGUUCCCUGCUAUGUGCAGGGCCAUUCUCUGUGAUGAAGUGGACUUGGGUGGAGAGGGCCAUGGCUAG